AUGGCCAACUCGACUGGUAUGUCGUCGGCAGCCAAAGUUGGUAUUGCCAUCGCAGCUGCUUUUGGUAUCGUGCUUCUCUUCUCCCUCGGUCUGUACCUUUGGUGGCGGCAGCGAGAAAAGAAGGAGAUGGCCAAGGGAAUGAUCAACUUUGUGGACGGAGACAUCGUUACUCUUGUCGACCGAGGCCGAUUUGAGAAGCCAUCCAAGCCGAAUUACGCAUACGACCCCUACUACGAGAGCGGAAGUUCCAGCCAGUCCUUUCAACCUGCCCCGCAAUACUACCAAGCUCCGUCAAACUACACACUGCCACCAGUUGAGGGACAAAAUGCACAUUAUGCAGCCGGUCCCGCUUCCGCUUCUACGAACUACACGGUGCCGCUAGCUGAAGGUCACAAUGGCUAUUAUGCCCCCGGCCCCGCCCCUUCCGCUCCCAGCGUUUCUCCACACGCGUCGUCCCAAGACAUGCCCUCUCCAUCCGAAUCGAACCGAGUCGUUCCUCCACCACCUGCGACAGUCGCCGACUCCAAUGCCUGGGCCAAUACUGGACGGCAUCCGUGGUCUCCGCCAGACUACGAGGUCCAUUUUCCGGUCUCUGCAUCCAGCCUGCAGCCAGACUACGACUUCAGCUCACAUGCGCAGCAGAGGGAGCCUAUGAUGACUGGGAACAGGAAUAGCACUUAUGCUAUCGCAGGUUUACCUGCAAUUCUCCCCGAACCGAAGCCGAACCCGCAGGCCGAAUUGCCCGCCAGAGAAGGCCAUCAUGGCUGGGGCCACGAGCAAGAGUUGCCGGCGCCGCAGCAGGCACCGUUAAAAAGGCAGCCACCACCUCAAGGAGCCGAGAUCGAAGAACAAAAAUUCUUGUUGGCAGAUAUCAUACCUCUACGACAGAAAAAAUCACGGCCUGAUAUGCCAGGACCAGCUGGGUGA